CCUUAUGAUCAUUAUGGAAGAUCCUAUAUAUCCAAAGAAGUUAGCAUGCGAAGAAUCAAACAAAACCUAGUUCCUGUUCAAAAUUUCACUGCUGCUCCUUCAGUUCAGAAUAGAAUAAUCGGGGAGAUCAUUGUUCCAGAUGCACCACCACCAAAUGCUGCGGUGCAGCAUAAAGUAACAGAAGCCAUUGUUAAAAUAAAUAGUAAAAUUAAAAAAUGUCAAAAAACCUAUAACACGACAACUGACCAAGAGUUACAAGAAAAUCAACAAGUGGUGAAAUACGAUUCGCCCGGGUGUCUUUCUUUAUUGUUCAAGCAUCCAGACUUGCUUGAACAAAUUCAUAAUA